ACUGUGAACUGUCAAUGGUCCAAACUCUGAUUAUCGAUCUUAGAUGAGGUAGUUCUCAGUUAUAAAAAAAAGAAACUUGUGACUUAAGGCUUUUAAUAAAUUCGAUUAAGAACAGUUAAAAGAUUAUCUAAUAAAUAUUUAUUUUUUUCUAAGUGCAGAGCUUUUACAUCUGUUCAUAAAUUCAAACAAUACUACAAUAUAAUGUUGUUUACUGUUAAGAAAAAUUAGUAUUCGGUGUUUUUUGUUUCCAUUUACUAUCCAUUUUAUAUACAGUUAUAAUAAUGGCUUGCCACAUACUGCCUAUAAUUUUAGUCAGCGCGGGUGAUAGAGCGGAUGCUAAGAAAUUCAUAGAAGACGUUACCAAAGGCCAGGUGGUAGAAUUUGAGAAUUGGACAGAAGGGAGUAAAGUAUGGAUGAUAACGAAUAAGUAUUACCAUGCACAAGUGCAGUUGAAACCAUUGGAUGACAGUCGUCAGUUACCAGACGUGUGGGAGCACCGAGUGGAGGCUCAUGUCAUUUAUAUUACUGAGGCUGAGGAGAAGGAGGCUCUCGUGGCGGAGCUGGCCGAAGAGCGUCGCUCGCGAGCUCUACGAGGGAAUGCCCGCGCUCUCGUGAGACUUCUCGUGUGUGCGGGAGGGGCUUCCGCCACCAGCCUCGGCGGGGACGCACUGCGCUCCUGGGCCCGCCGCAACCGCUACGAGCUCGUGUCGCUGACGGAGGAGCCUGACCCCGACUCAGAUGGAGGUACCGACGGACCCUUCCCGGAGACGUAUGGACUAGACCGGGUUCGCGCCACGCUACACGCUCACCCGUGGCGCGGUCUAGAGAGGAUCGAUCAACCAAUGGACGAUGAGCCGGGGCCGGCCGCAGAGCUCGCGGCCCAGGGGUCCGACUCCGAGCACGAACACAACGAGGGCGAUGACCCCGAGGUGGCGGUGGAGCGCGCAGAGAGGUUCGCAGCGGCCCUGGGAGCGCUGGGCGCGGUGGGCGGCGCGUUGGGGGACCUGCCGUCCGAGGAACGACUCGCGGCCGCCGAGCAGCUGGUGGGCGAGUUCUGCCGCGCUCUCGGCGUCGACCUGCCAGCCCUGUGAGUCGCCAGUGCCGAGUCGCGGGACGGGGACGGGAGGAAUAAAACCAUGUUUGGGAGCGUUAUAUUCGUUUAUUUAUUAAAAAUGAUAAAAGUGUGAUAUGUGCGGCCGCGCCGUUCUCUAACAUCACACACGUAUUAAUAAAUUAUUAUCUUUUCGGACGAACGCGUUGUGUACUCUUGUAAAAGUAUUUUAUUUAUAUUAUAAUAUACAUAUAUAUAUAUUCUAAUAAAGUUUUCAUUUCGAUCA